CAGCAUAAAACAUGCAGAUGAAUUCUGAAUAAACCAAAUAGUUGAAAGAGUGGAGAUUGAAAUACUUAAAGUUGAAUCCAAUAUUGCUUAUCUUUAUGGGUAUGACUAUGAAACUAAUUCAGGAUUGGUAUUGAUUGCAUUUGGAAUUGUAUCAUAAACAGUUGACAUAGAUUAUGAAUAUAUAUCAACCAGAUAUGAUGAAAUUUGUGCUUCAAAGAAUUCGUGUUUUGUAAAUUAAGUAAUCAAUAAUUGUAGAUCAAUAUUGAUGUACCAUCUAAAAUGAAAUCUCCUGUAUUUUUUUCAUACGAGGUUUCCUCUUUCUUCUAAAACACAGACAAAUAUUUUAACAGCAUCCCCUAUGAUUAAUUGUAUGGAGACUCAGAUUUUGAUACUUCAAUCUGUGAUCAAUAUAAAACCAAUCAAGAAAUGGGGAAAACUUUGAGUGUUACUGGUAAAGCUCUAGCACAAGAUGACAUAGCAAUACCUUGUGGCAUAGCUGCGUAUUCAUAUAUGAAUGGUAAUCCUGAAAAUUAAAUUAUAUUUAAGAUGAAUUUUCGUUGAAUAAAGAUGGUAAAUAAAUUUCAAUCACCGAUCAAGGUAUUUCAUGGGAAUCGGAUAGAGAAAAGUAUACGAACAUUAACUUGGAUAAGCAGUGGAUAGACAUGGAAUCAGGUGAUUAUCUUCAUUUAAAUUAGAAAGAUUUAUAAAUUGGAUGAGACCAUCUCCAUUAAGUAGGUUUCGUAAAUUGUGGGGAAGAAUCGAUUAAGAUUUGGAACCAGGCAUAUAUACAGUUAACAUUCAGAUUAGUAAAUACUAACAUUGAUUUAAUAUUAGAAACCAAUGACGCCUUUGCAGAAACUAAGAAGUAUGUACUUCUACACAAUAAUGGAUAAUUCUCAGAUCCUAUCUUAGUAAUAACGCUACCGUGUCUCUGUGUUGGUCCAUUCUUGAUUAUUUUUGGGAUCAUCAAUUUGAUUUAUUGGGGGAAAAAAUAACAUUUGAUCAAAAAAUACAGAAUUUAUUGAUUG